GCAGAUCAAAUUUUCACGAACAAACAGCAAACCUUUGAAGCCCCCGUUUAUAAUUAUUAAAUUUUUUUUUCAUAUUUGAACCUACAAAAAAAAAUUAAAAAAUGUCCACUGAAGCGCGUCGUAGACUUAUGAGAGACUUUAAACGACUUCAAAAUGAUCCUCCAGGUGGCAUCUCAGGAGCACCUUGCCCUGAUAAUAUUCUAUUAUGGAAUGCUGUCAUCUUUGGUCCUGCCGAUACACCAUUUGAAGACGGAACUUUUAAAUUGGCUCUCCAAUUUGACGAAAAUUAUCCCAAUAAGCCUCCUUCGGUUAAAUUCAUUUCAAAAAUGUUUCAUCCAAAUGUGUAUGCUAAUGGAGAACUAUGUCUUGAUAUUCUUCAAAAUAGAUGGUCACCAACUUAUGAUGUCGCUGCUAUCUUGACAAGUAUUCAAAGUUUACUACAUGACCCUAAUCCAAAUUCACCGGCAAAUGCCGAAGCUGCUAAUCUGUUUAGAGAAAAUCGUAAAGAAUAUAAUAGAAGAGUCAAAGAAGUUGUUGAGCAUUCAUGGGAAUAAUUUCUUAUUUGAUUCUAUUAAAAAAGAAAAAAAGAAAAAAUAAAUAAAUAAAAAAAAAAAA